GUGAUAAUUUAGAAGUGGUUGGUUAUUCUGAUUCUGAUUUUGCUAAGUGCAAAGAUGACAAGAAAUCCACUUCAGGGUAUAUCUUUAUGUUAGCUGGCGGACCUAUCUCGUGGAAGAGUCAUAAGCAAGAGUUGACUGCAACUUCUACAAUGAUGGCAGAAUACAUUGCGCUGUACAACGCAACCUGUCAUGGAAUGUUGCUAAGAAACCUCAUCACUGGACUCAAAGUAGUUAAUUCCAUCUCUCGACCAUUGAAGCUUUAUUGUGAUAACUCAGCUGCCGUUAGUUUCUCGAACAGUAACAGUUCGACUGGCGCUGCUUUAUAUCUUGAUACAAAGUACUUGUUCGUACGAGAACUCAUACCGGCAUGGUUCAGUAAAGGCUCUCUCCCUCCUCCACCCCCUUCACUUCCUCUCAUUCUUGUUGGGCCUGGGACAGGGUGCGCACCUUUCUGUGGAUUCAUCGAGGAAAGAGCUCUCCAACGCCAAUCCGGCAACAACCCUGCUCCAGUUAUCUUCUUCUUUGGUUGCAGAAAUGAGGAAAACGAUUUCUUGUACAGAGAUUUUUGGCAAUCUCAUUCGGAGAGUGGCAAAGUUCUCUGUGAAGAGCAAGGAGGAGGCUUCUUUGUUGCCUUCUCCAGAGACCAACCCCAGAAGGUCUAUGUGCAGCACAAAAUGAGAGAGCAGAGCGUAAAGGUGUGGAAUCUGUUGGCUGAAGGGGCCGCUGUCUAUUGCGCCGGCUCUGCAAGUAAAAUGCCUUCCGAUGUUCUUUCUGCUCUGGAGGAAAUCGUGUCAGAAGUUACCGGGAGACCUCUAUGAGGUGGCUUCGGCAUUUGGAGAGGGAGGGUAAAUACCAUGUUGAAGCCUGGUCUUAAGCUCUCCUCUCAUGUCCUCUUUUUUUGACAUAUACUACCUCCGUUUCUCAAAAGAGUUCCUCUUUUGACUUUGGGAGAAAAUAAGGAAGUGUUAAAUUG